CGCUUCUUCGCAAAGGAUCGCAUUGCAGCGCGCUAAGCCCGACCGGGAAGCAGCAAACCCCCGCCGAAGGUGUCGGCAUAUUCUUCGUUUCUGACCAUCAAGUGUCGUUGUCGCAUCGGAAACGGGAAGAUGAUUUCUGGUCUGGCGCACGUGAACAUGCUUGUCCCACGAGGGACCCUCGACCUGGCAGAUGACUUUUACGGUUGUACCCUUGGCCUGAAGUCAAGACCAGUGCCGGCGCACAUGGUGGGAAAUCUCGCUUGGUUUGACAUUGGUGACUCUGGCCAGCAAGUUCAUAUCGCGUUCGGUCCGAACGAGGAGCGCUCGUCACGACAUCCAUGCUUCAAGCUUGAAUCGCCAGAGAAGCUGCUCGAAUUGCGGCAACGGAUAUGGGAUCACUACGAGCGCGGUGGCAAAGCCGCACCGCGAGAAGCGGACAGACCUGGGAAGAUCAAUUCUGGCGAUCAGGGUGUCGAGUACCCAGAACGCUUCUUUGCCAGAGAUUAUGCAGGAAAUCGGCUCGAGUUCAGUCUAUAGGCUGCGAAAGUAGUGUAUCGAUCGCGAGGCGUUUCUAUGUGUUCCAAAGUGUUGCCCUUUAGAAGUGCUGCGACGCUACAUUUACGCAAACGAAGUAGCCUUGACAACAGACAGUCCACCAACCCUUUCUGGGCGAUCACUUUUAUUGCUCGAGCAGUAUAGUGCAUCUCACGAACGCGCGUGUAAUCACUCCUGCAGCUGUUAUCAAUCUCUACACCAUGGCGUAGCUGAGACAGGGUAGUUACAGCACCAGCUGCAAUAGACGAGAAUCCUGGGGAGCACAUGCA